UUCUUUUAAAUUCAAGUUUUCUACAAGACAACCCUUCAGAAAGUUUUAUUUAUCCAGGAUAAAUAUCUCUAUUUCUAAAUAUCAUAAUCAGAUAAUAUCCUUAAGACAUCUUAUAAUUUUUUAAAAUCUGUCUUAAAAUGUAGGUCUCCAAAUUGAAUAUAAUAUUGAAAGCUAGGGUAACUAGUUCAGAAUAUAGUAGAACCAUUAAUCCUACAAAUGUUAUACUCCUGUCAUUGCACAACAUAUAGUUUCAGUGGCUUCUUUGUACUGUUGGCUUAUAUUAAACUCGUAGCUAAACUGACUUCUCACAUAAACUACUUUCAGGCCUGAGAGGCAAGAAUGAAGCAUAAAGAUCUCUAGGCAGAGUAAGCAGAAGGUAUGUACACAGGUGCCUUUUGCUGUAUUUUACAGGGCAGAGUUUAAGUGAAAUUAUGAAGUACAGCAUACCUUUAAAACUUAAACAUUUAUUUAAAACUUACUGACAAAGAGGAAGAACAUAUAAAGCUAAAGUGUUAGAAGCCAUUGGCACCUGAAAGUAAAGCCACUCUAAUUACACUGUAAAAUUAAUAAAGACUGGUCCAACACAAGUAAAAAUUUAAAUAUAUUUUUAGAAAACAUCUUUUGAGCUAACCUAGAUUAAAUUGUCCUCUAUCAGUGUGUUAUUUGUUAAUGAUAACUGUGACACAUUUUUUUAAAACUCUCAAAGAUGUCAUUGUGUAGCAUUAGAAUUACUAACUGUAAUUAAGUUAUAAUAUUUACUCUUUAGUUUUACCCUUAAAUUUACUUUUUAAUGUCAUCUGAUUACUGUGUUUCUGUAGUUGUAGAAUACUCAUCCUUUUAUAGAAAAAAGAAAGUAACUCAUUUUAUUAUCCAUAUUGCAGGAUGGGGAAGCAGUGUACCUUAGUAGUUAAGAGCACAGUCUUUAGAAUCAGGAAGACCUGGGUUUGAAUUCUGGUUUCUACACUAGCUGUGCAGCCUUGAGAAAAUUAUUUAAUGUCUCUUUACCUCAGUUUCCUCACUUAUAAAGCAGUGCUGAUCUCACAGGGAUUGUUAGGACUGAAUGCACUGAUACACGUAAAGUACUUGAUUUGGAUUCCUAGACUUGCCCAAGCACUUUUGUCUGCUAUAGCAGACAUCAGACUCUACUCAUUAAUGAAGCAACUUGAAAAUCAGCAAAUGGCAAAAUGGGUGUUUUUUUGCCAGUUGUGCUCUUGGUUCACAUGGUAUUGCUGUACCAGAACUCUUACAAACACCAUGGAAACUGUUCUCACUAUAAUUGCUCUUUUCUACUAUCCUUUGGAAGGUUCAAAGUCUAUGAACAGUGUCAAGUACUCGUCCCUGGUGGCACUUGCCUUCAUAAUUCGUCCCACAGCUAUCAUUCCAUGGAUACCCUUGGUCUUUAGACAUUUCUGGCAAGAACAGAAAAAGCUUGAUCUUAUUCUGCAUCAGUUUUUACCUAUAGGAUUUGUCACUUUGAGUUUGUCUCUGAUAGUUGAUCGUAUUUUUUUUGGUCAAUGGACCCUGGUUCAAUAUAACUUUUUGAAAUUUAACGUGCUUCAGAAUUUGGGAAUGUUUUAUGGUUCUCAUCCAUGGUAUUGGUACUUUAGUCAAGGAUUUCCAGCUGUCUUGGGUACUCACUUACCCUUCUUUAUUCAUGGCUGCUUUCUGGCCCCAAAGAGGUACCGAAUACUUUUGGUAACUGUGCUAUGGACACUGCUAGUUUAUAGCAUGUUGAGCCACAAAGAAUUUAGGUUUAUCUAUCCAGUUUUACCAUUCUGUAUGGUGUUCUGUGGGUACUCACUAAACCACCUGAAAACAUGGAAGAAACCAGCUCUCAGCUUCCUGUUUUUAUCGAAUAUGCUCCUUGCCCUCUAUACUGGUUUAGUUCAUCAACGAGGUACUCUUGAUGUCAUGACUCAUGUUCAAGAACUCUGUUACAAUAAACCAAAUCAAUCUUCAGCUUCAGUAUUUAUAAUGAUGCCUUGCCACUCUACUCCUUAUUAUAGCCACGUCCACUACCCACUUCCAAUGAGAUUUCUCCAGUGUCCCCCAGACCUGACUGGAAAAAGUCAGUACCUUGACGAAGCAGAUGUAUUCUAUCAGAAUCCCUUAAACUGGCUAGAUAAAGAGUUUCACAAUGAUUCAACAUUGCCUACUCACUUGAUCAUCUUCAGCAUUUUAGAGGAGGAAAUAAGCACUUUCCUAAUUUCAAGCAACUAUGAGAGAACUGCUGUGUUCUUCCACACUCACUUGCCAGAAGCUCGAACUGGAAGUCACAUAUAUGUCUAUGAACGGAAAUUAAAAGGGACACUCAACAGAAGAUGAAAUUCUGAACUGUGUUUAAAUCUUUCCUAAAGCGGUGUCUGGGUGGCUCAGACAUUAAGCGGCAGCCUUCGGCUCAGGUCAUGAUCCCAGGGUCCUGGAUCGAGCCCCGCAUUGAGCUCCUGGCUCUCCUGGGAAGCCUGCUUCUCCCUCUCCUACUCCCCCUGCUUGUGUUCCCUCUCUUGCUGUCUCUCUGUCAAAUAAAUAAAUAAAAUCUUUAAAAAAAAUCUUUCCUAAAGAAACAGACAUUGCUGGGUAGAGAUAUUCAGAUGCUGCAUAAAUAUGCCUGUAAACACUGGGUAAGAUUCGUGGAACUAGCGAAAACCACUGGAAUUGCUUUACCAAAUAUUACUACUGAGGAAAUGUAUGAAUAAAUAUCACAAAGUAUAAAAAUAUUAAUACAAAUACCAGAUUUUAAAUAAAGACCUUUAGUUUUC